CUACCCAGCCUGACUUGAAUAAAGCCCACGGUGCCGCCGCGGCGCUCGGAUCAUGGCCUGUUCGGUGCCUGUCGGGGUGAUUUCCACGACCCUUCCGCAUUUUCCUGCCGCUCUCGGGCUGUGACGUGUCGUGCUGACGGCGGCCUCGGAGCUGGAGGAGCGGGGGGCUGUAGCACGACGAGAUCUGGCUCCGAGACGUCCUGCUUUGCUUUCAGCGGUGCUCCAGAAACAACCCCUAACCCCUCCUUCUCUGCUCCUCUCCGGCCCGCCCAAAUAACACAAAAUUCCCGACUGAAUCCAGCCCGAGUCUGGGGGAACCGGGCGGCCUGGGGACGCCGAGGAGCGGACGGAGGCCAUCCCUGCAGCGCAAAUCUGCUCUCCAGUAACAAAUGCAGUGCGAGGACAAUGGAUGAAGAUGUCACCCGGCUUGCAAUACAUUCUGAAGAGCCUAAAAUAAUCUUACACGGAUCGGAUGAGGGUGGUGCCGGUGGGCAGGAGUUUGUUGUGGAGCUUCAAGAGACUGUGUUGGUGUCAGAAGGCGAGGGGGAAGGCAUGGCGGUUCACAGGUUUGCCCCGGACGAGCUAGUCAUCCAGGAUGCUGUAGAGGAUGUGGUUUCUGAGUAUGUGCACUGCGAUGAAGAUGAAGAUGUUGCUGUAGAAACCUGUGUGAUGGCCCUGGAAGGCGAGGAGGAAGGCGUUGCCAUGGGAGACAUCCCUGAAGAUGGGCUGGACCCAGAGCAACAGGAAGAUGACCAAGAUGGCUGUGGAGAUUAUUUAAUGAUAUCUUUGGAUGAAGCUGGUAAAAUGGUGUCUGAAGAUGGAACAGAGGUAACGGUGGAGGGAGCCGUGGAGGAUCAAGAAGUGGAGAAAGAUGAGGACGGACAGGAGGUCAUUAAGGUGUACAUCUUUAAGGCCGACUCCGGGGAGGAUGACAUGGGGGAAUCUGUGGACAUCAGUGAUGGAGACACGGAGAGCGUGGCGCUGACGGAGUCCACUGGCCAGGCGCUCAGAGAGAAGAUGGUUUACAUGUCGGUGGGAGACUCUCAUCACAAUCAAGGAAACCACGGUGGGCCCAAGGUGACUGAUGAGGUAUAUAUGGAGGUGGUGGUAGGAGGUGAAGAGCCUGUAACUCACGACCGCUCGUAUGACAGCGUGUCUCUAAGCAAGGACUUCAUGCCUGUGGCCUGGGCCGCUGCUUAUGGUGGAGAUGACGGCGAGAGCUGCGAGAACCGAAACGGCGCCGCCAGCGCGCUGCUGCACAUCGACGAGUCCGACGGGGUCGACGAGCUCAACAGACAGCGGACCAAAAGCAGGCGGCGGUCGGAGCCUCGGCAGGUUCAGACAGCCAUCAUCAUCGGUCCGUACGGCCAGCCGCUGACCGUUUACCCCUGCAUGCUCUGUGGCAAGAAGUUCAAGUCCCGGGGCUUCCUGAAGCGCCACACCAAGAACCACCACCAGGACGUCCUGACCCGGAAGAAGUACCAGUGCACCGACUGCGACUUCACCACCAACAAGAAGGCCAGCCUCCACAACCACAUGGAGGUGCACGCCCUCAGCAGCAAGGCGCCCUUCGAGUGCGAGAUGUGCGGCAAGGAGUUCCACCAGCAGGCGGCGCUGUUCUCCCACAGACUGCAGCACCACCACAGGGAGCCCAAGAGCCAGCAGCCUCCGCAGCCCACCAAGAUGCACAAAUGCAAAUUCUGUGACUAUGAGACUGCGGAGCAAGGGCUGCUCAACCGCCACUUGCUGGCCGUCCACAGUAAAAGCUUCCCGCACAUCUGCGUGGAGUGCGGGAAAGGCUUCCGCCACCCCUCCGAGCUGAAGAAACACAUGCGCACGCACACCGGCGAGAAGCCUUACUCCUGCCUGUACUGCGACUACAAGUCGGCCGACUCGUCGAAUCUCAAAACGCACAUCAAGACGAAGCAUAGCAAAGAGAUGCCGUACAAGUGCGAGCGCUGCUUCCAGACCUUCGCGGAGGAGGAGGAGCUGAUGCAGCACGGAUUGACUCACGAGGAGAAUAAGACCCACCAUUGUGCCCACUGUGAUCACAAGAGUUCCAACUCCAGCGACCUGAAGCGCCACAUCAUAUCCGUUCACACCAAGGACUAUCCACACAAAUGUGCCGUCUGCGGGAAGGGCUUCCACCGGCCGUCGGAACUCAAGAAGCACUCCGUGUCCCACCGCACCAAGAAGCUCCACCAGUGCCGGCACUGCAACUUCAAGAUCGCGGACCCUUUUGUUCUCAGCCGCCACAUCUUGUCGAUCCACACGAAGGAGCAGCAGCAGGCCUCACCGGAGAAGAGCGAGCCUAAGAGGACAGAGACCCACACUCCCGUCGCCACGCCCAAAAAGUCCGCGCCCAGCGCGUCGAGCGGCUCGGGCCCGCCCGCCCGGGUCAGCGCCGCCAGCCUGGCCAGCAGCGUGACUGUCGUUAUCGGCAAGGGACAGAAGGAGCGGAGGAUUUAUCAGUGCCAGUAUUGCGACUACAGCACCGGGGACGCCUCCGGCUUCAAGCGGCACGUGAUCUCCAUCCACACCAAGGACUACCCGCACCGCUGCGAGAUCUGCUCCAAAGGCUUCCGCCGGCCCUCGGAGAAGAACCAGCAUAUCAUGCGCCACCACAAGGACGUGGUGCAGGCGGAUUGACUCUGACCGAGCGAAUAAAUAAAAAAACAAAAAAAACAAAACUGUGCCACAACAACGAAACAAUGUUGAAGCAUCCCCCCACCCCCUCCCCCCUCCCAGUACGACACAGCUCACCCCCAAACGGUGUGAUGUUUGUUGCACUUAGUCCAUUCUGUUGUUUUCCUCUUUUCGCUCCUCGGCCUAAUGUUUGUUCAGACGUGUAAACACAUGUACAUAACAUGAACGUUCCAUCGAAGAGUUAGCAGCCAAGCCCCCCCCCACCCUCCCACCGUAGACUUGCACUUUUAACUGCAUGUCCCUUGCUGGUGACAGUGUGCAUGGCAGAUUGUGCAGACGUCUCUUUGUAGAUACACACGUUUUGAUUUUUUUUUUUUUUUUUUGCAGGUAGCAAUCACUUCUCAAUCACAAUGGUCCUAAUUAUGUCUUAAAACUGAAGUGUAACUUUAAAAAAAAGAAAAAAGAAAAACAAGUUUGCGUCAUUUUGUUGAAAUGUACUUAACACUGCAGUAUGAGUUAGCAACGUGUUGCCAGUAGCACUUGGUUGAAGGGUGUGUGUGUGUUUGAGUGAGAGAGUGUGUAUGUGAGAGAGAGAGAGAGUGUGAGGGACAAAAAAAAAAAAAGCUGUUGUGCUUCCUGGUGCUCUGACCCCACCACUCUGUAACAUAAUACUUUUUGUUGUGUUCCCAGCGACACAAAGCCGUCGGACGUUGAGCAGAGACGGAAUCCGUCUGUCGGGGUCCAUUUUCAUAAACCGACACAAAACACACCGUGGAUAAAGAAAGCGGAGGUGCCAUGGUUACGAAUACAAAUUCACUUGCUCAUGAAUCGCGAUACGUUCCAAUACCCCCCCCCCCCCUUGCUUGAUGAUCCCAUUUGUUUUCCUCUUACUCUCA